CGCCAACUCCGAGCUUUCCAUUCCCCGAAUCCGCCAGUCCGACUCACCAUCCUGCGUCUCUCCAUCUUCUGCUGAGGCUCUGCUGGUCAUCAUGAGCUCCUCGCGGGAAGGGGUAAAUCCCCUGCGUCCGUACUAUGUCCCUCCCCAGAUUGGGCUGUCUCCUGGCCCGACUUCCAACGCUUCUGCACCGCUUGACGCCGCGUCUGCAUCGACCAAAGCUUUCGGCAGCUCCGCACGAGACCUCUUGUCCGAUUUAGACUACUCGGAUUACUUGGAGGCAUCGCCCUCUGUAUCAGAUUGGGUCCGAGAGGUCCUCGACCGUGCAGUAUGGAGAUACACCAGCGUGUUGAUGGCCCAGCCAUUCGACGUGGCGAAGACCAUCCUCCAGGUUUAUGUCGUUCCCGACGCGCAAGGCGGACAGGCGCUGCCAGAUGAGACACGGAGACGCAGUCAGGGUUAUAGAGAACAAUAUUUUGAAGAGGAUUCACAGUCAUCGGACGAUGAGAGCAAUUACUUUACGUCUGCCGCUCCAGGCGGUGCUGCACCUUCUACACCAAGGUCUCGAGGCUCUCGACACCGGAUCACGGAUCGAAGUGGUUAUAUACCAUCCCCGGGCGUUCCUCCGAGACAUGCAUUGGUGAUCAAGAACCCCUCGUCCCUGAUGGAGGUCCUUUCGCAACUGUGGUCGACAAGCGGGCCCACGUCGGUCUGGAAGGGUGCCAAUGCGACCUUUAUUCACUCAUUGCUGCUCCCUACUUUGAAUACCUUCAUCAGGAGUCUGCUGUCGGCCGUCCUCGGUAUGCCAGAGGAAGCGAUUGCAUCACCAAUGACCGCAGACAUUCUGACGGCCGCCUCACCCAUCACGACUCUAAUCUUGUCCUUCAUCUCUUCUGCACUCUCAUCCAUCAUUCUCUCUCCAAUCGAUACUGCACGCACGUACCUCAUCUUGACGCCUGUGACCCAUGGCCCUCGCUCCCUGCUGCGCGCCAUCCGUCUGCUUCCAACUCCGAGCUACAUGAUUCCGCCUCACCUUAUCCCCAUCACCAUUCUUCACUCCAGUCUUCCAAACUUGCUGAGCACUAGCACGCCUCUAUUCCUCAAGUCAUAUCUCUCUCUCGAUCCCGUUCUUAACCCAUCCUCGUGGAGCAUGUUCUCCUUUCUGGCCUCUUGUCUCGAAUUGGGUAUCAAGUAUCCCCUGGAAACCGUUCUCCGUCGGGCACAGAUUGCCACUUUUACAUCUCCAAGCUUGCAACAGAAGGGCCGUGUUCCUAUCAGUCCUACGAUCCCCUCACCCGCCACUGCCAGCAAGCAGCCAAGCUCGGAGAUCGAGACUGUUGUUCCCGUCCCGCGCUCCUACCGUGGAGUCGUGGGAACGAUGUGGAGCAUUGUCUACGAGGAGGGAGUCAGUCCCUCGCCUUCUGAGACGGAGAAGGCCCAUGAGAUGCUUGGCAAAUCUGUGCCUUCGCGCCAGCGCAGACGGCAAGGCCAAGGUCUCCAGGGUCUCUAUCGCGGCUGGAGAGUCGGCAUGUGGGGUCUCGCUGGCGUCUGGGGAGCAGGCUUCCUCGGAGCAGCCAUGGGAGGCGGCGAAGAAGAGAUGGUCACAAGCACUGCGGCAUCGGGGAUGAGCCCAGUCGGUGCGCGGGGCAGAACUAGUGGUGGAGUAUUUUAGACGGCCUGAAACCCGGGUGUUUGGCGGGAGUAAUGAUCUUCGCAGGUUGAUAUCCAUAUCUGAUUAUUAUUUUUUUUUUUUUUUUGUUAUUAUUU